CAAAUUUUAGAGUCGCACCAAAUAAACAUGGCCGCCUCUCCCGCCGUCAGACGUGAGCCUGAAAAAUAUAAAUGAAGAAAUGAGCUCUGCGAUGGAAACGGACGAAUGCUCGACCGCAGAGAACGGCGGCGGGCCUGAAAAGAAAGACUUGUCUACAACUGAACCAGAAACCGAGGACCCGUUUAAGAAACCAGCUGUUUUCGCGGCGCCUUCUCUCACCAUCAAACGCGGCAACGUCGCUGCUUCGUCCAAACUAACGUCAACCGAAUCAAAAAGUGUUUCAGAAAAUAACAAAGCUGAAGUUGUAGACACUACUAGCGACACUUCCUCUGGUCCUGCUAACGACAAGGAAAUCUCGGACCAACGGCAAGUAGAGGACAAACAAAGCGAUAAAGACAAGAAUGUUUCUACUGUCAAAACCAAAUCAGAUGCUAAGCCCAGGGUGCUUCCUGCGAAAGGCCCCCCAGCUGGCAAAUUCCCCCCUCUACCGUACACAGAGCCACCGUGGGGCGGCAGGGCUCCAGAUAUUCCUUACGCUCUUGAAAUUCUCAAAAACGGCACCAUAGUGGACAAGGUUCCUCUCACUCACAGGAGUUUCUUCGUGGUGGGACGUUUACCUGUGUGUGACGUGUCUCUGGAGCACCCCUCCAUCUCCAGGUAUCAUGCAGUGAUUCAGUUCCGCGGACAGGCCGGAGAGGAGGAGUGUGUCGGAGAAGAGAGAGGCUUUUACAUCCACGACCUGGGCAGCACACACGGCACCGUGGUGAACAAGAACAAGAUUCCCCCGAAGACUUACAUCAGGCUGCGCGUGGGGCAUGUGUUAAAGUUUGGUGGGAGCACGAGACUUUUUAUCCUGCAGGGUCCAGAGUUCGAUGAGGAGGAGGAGUCUGAACUAACGGUGACAGAGCUAAGGGAGCGUGCCCAGAAACAGAAAGCAGAGCUGGAGAGGAGGAUGAUGGGAGACGGUUCUGAUGAUGAUGGUGAUGAUGAUGAUGACAAGGAAAAGGAGGAAGACGGGGAAGGUGGAAGCAACAAGAGCAAACAGUCAAACGAAGAUUCAGGCUGUUCGUGGGGAAUGGCUGAGGAGGUUGUGCCAGAGGAAGACGAGAAUGAGGAAAACCCUUUCUCAACAGAGUUCCACGAGGACCAGGAGGCUGCGUACCUGAAGGACCCCAAAAAGGCUUUGCAGGGCUUCUAUGACAGGGAAGGGGAGGAGCUGGAGUUUGAGUAUGAAGACAAAAGCCAUGGCACCUGGCUGUGCAGAAUAAAGCUACCAGUGGACGACGCCAUGGGUCGGCAGCUGGUUGCUGAGGUGACCCACACGGGGAAGAAGAAAGAAGCAGCCAUUCAGUGCUGUUUGGAGGCGUGUCGGAUGCUGGAAGCCAGAGGGCUGCUGCGCCAGGAAGCAGUAUCCCGUAAACGCAAGAAGAAGAACUGGGAGGAUGAGGACUACUACGACAGCGACGACGACACCUUCCUGGAUCGAACCGGCACUGUGGAGAGGAAGAGGCAAGAGCGAAUGAAAAAGGCUGGGAAGAUUGAGGAGCGGCCUGAGACCUAUGAAUCACUGGUGGCCAAACUGUCAGAGGUGGAGAAGGAGCUGGAAGACACUCAGAAAAAGCUCAGUGCUGGUAGAGGAGACUCCUCUGGCUCUUCCACUGAGGACCCGCUGGAUGCCUUCAUGACUGCAGUGAGAAGUGAGGCAGCGAUGGACACCGUAGAGCGCCGGAAGCUUCACGUUCAUGUAGCAGACUUACGCAAAGAUGCCCAGAGACUUCGCAAACUGGUCGAACUCACUAGGCCUGCACAGAUGCCAUCACUUCUGCCAGGUGGCAGCUCAGAGAAGCCUAAGAAGACUUUACCAUUGUUUGGAGCCAUGAAAGGAGGAACUAAAUUCAAACUAAAGACUGGCACCAUUGGGAAGUUGCCUCCUAAGCGGCCCAAUUUGCCUGCGGCGCUCUUCAACAUGAAAGAACUUCCACCAGGUGGAGAAGAGGAGGAGGAGGAAGAGGAGGAGGAGACAGAGAAAAAUGAGGAUAAUGAUGAGAAGCGAUGUACAAGUAUUGCUGAGUCUGAUGCUGACGCUGAUGAGUCCGGUGCAUCCAUGUCUCGAGAGCGCACUCCCCCCAGGCAGCAAAGAGAGCAACCAGCACAGCCCCAAGAGCUGAAAGAGCAAAGCUGCAAACUGAGGAGAGGUGGGGAGUGCGCUGAAGCAGUGCAGCAAGAACCCGAGCACAGGAGCAACAAAGCCCCAGCAGCGCCCAGUCCAAAGUCCAGAGCAGAAGGUGACAGAGAGCCAGCAGCUGACUCCAGUCCCAGAAAGAAGAAGAAAGUGAUGGGACCCAGCAGGCCACCAGUGCAGCUCUCAGGACAGUAUCCAGAGGACGACCCUGAUUACUCUGUGUGGAUGCCUCCUGCAGGUCAGACUGGAGAUGGCCGCACACACCUAAAUGACAAGUACGGCUACUGAGGGAAAACUUUAAAGAGCUCUCCAGUCUCCACUUCACCAGCUUUUAUUCUGCAAAUAAUACCUGCAACACAAAGCCUCUGGACUCCUCAGCUUUGACCGUUAACCCCCUCCACCCAUCCCAUCCCUGUGUGCGGUUCAGCUCGGGAGAGCACAGAACAGACUGGGGACUUGCAGAGGGACAAGCAGAGAUAAUACUGCUGCACCUUUUAUUCAUCUCCUGAGGAUAUUUGCAUUUGCAGACUGUGAUAAACAAAAACCACACCAUUCCGAUUCACAUUGGGGAAUACCCCCCCCACCCCAAAUACUGGGCAGUAAGCCUGCUGGCACUUAUAGAUGGGUGGCACCUGAAUUUUGUCCUUUUAUUUAAAUUCUAUAAAAUCAAGCAGAAAAUGGAAGAGAAGAGCAGGAGCGCGUAACUGAUCCGAAUUCAACUUUCUGGUCUUUGUCUGCUCCUCAUGCAGUUAAAUCCACCUGACAUCCAAUCUGUGUCCCUCCUCUAUUUGGCUUCAGUUGAUCGCUGGCAUAACCUUUUUUUUUUUCCAAAGGAGAGUGUGUAGCAGGGAGGGAGAAAGAGGGAGAGCAUUGAAGCAGCUUUUCUGACCAUCUGGACACUUGGAUGGCUUACUGGAUGAAACGCAAGCUGAUAAUGACUCAAGCUAAGUGGAGUGUGUGUCUGUGUCUACACCAACACACACAUAUACACAUACACACAGCCCAACCUUCUCAAAGUUCUCUCUUUAACAUGAUUGUCUUUAUGAGCAAGUCAGCCAUUGGUGUGUUUGCCUAGAGUAGGAUUCCUCACUGUGAAAUCCCACUCAGUGCUGUUGCUCUUGGUUUACUGCCAUACUUUCCACCCUCUUUCCUGUUGUCUUUUCUCAAAAAACACAAAGUAAAGAAACUGUAUUUUGUUAUAUAAAUGUAGAAUAAAACUGUCUGUACAUAACCUGCAA